GAGAAGGAGGAGGAGGAGAAGCAGAAGGGAGCAGCGGCCCCAGCGCUCCCUCCGCCCCCAAGAUGGCGGCGGCGCUGAGGGGGCGCGCGGGCCCGGGCGGGGCUGCGGCGCUGUGGCGGCUCCAGAGGCGGCGGCGGAGCACGUUUGACGUGGCCGUGGUGGGCGCAGGGAUCGUGGGCUUGGCUGCAGCCCGGGAGCUCAUCCAACGCCAUCCCUCGCUGGCUUUGGCCGUGCUGGAGAAGGAGCAGGAGCUGGCCCAUCACCAGAGUGGACACAACAGUGGUGUGAUCCAUAGUGGGAUUUACUACACCCCUGGCUCCCUGAAGGCCAAGCUGUGCGUGCAGGGAGCAGCCCUGUGCUACAAAUAUUGUGACCAGAAGGGAAUUCCAUACAAACAGUGUGGGAAGCUGAUUGUGGCUGUGGAACACGAUGAAAUUCCAAGGCUCAAAGCUCUGUAUGAGAGGGGGCUGCAAAACAACGUCCCGGGGUUGAAACUCAUCGGAGCCAAGGAAAUCCAGGAGAAGGAGCCYUUCUGCAGGGGUCUGAUGGCCCUUGAUUCUCCCUACACUGGGAUUGUGGAUUACAAACAAGUGGCCCAGUCCUAUGCCAGAGACUUCCAGGAAGCAGGUGGGACCAUCUUGACUGAUUUUGAAGUCACAAACAUGGAGAUGGCCAAAGAAAGUUCUCCAGAAAGUGAAGAUGGACUGAAAUACCCAGUUAUUGUUAGGAACAAAAAGGGCGAGGAAAUCUCCUGUGGGCACAUUUUGACCUGUGCAGGACUUCACUCUGACCGUUUGUCUGAGAUCAGUGGCUGCAGCCCCGAGCCCCGGAUCGUCCCWUUCCGGGGGGAUUAUUUGGUGCUAAAACCAGAAAAAUGUUACUUGGUGAAAGGAAAUAUUUAUCCAGUUCCCAACCCUCGKUUCCCUUUCCUGGGAGUUCAUUUCACACCCAGGAUGGAUGGCAGUGUUUGGCUUGGYCCUAAUGCAGUGCUGGCCUUUAAGAGAGAGGGCUACAAACUGUUGGACUUCAGCACUGGAGACUUUUUGGAUGCUGUAACCUACAGUGGGCUGUGGAAGCUGGUGCUGGGGAACGUGUCCUAUGGCCUGGGUGAGCUGUACAGAGCCUUCUCCCUCAGUGCCCAGGUGAGGCAGCUGCAGAAGUUCAUCCCUGAGGUCACCACCAACGAUGUUCUCAGGGGUCCCUCGGGGGUGCGAGCUCAGGCUUUGGACAGCCACGGGAAGCUGGUGGAUGAUUUUGUGUUCGACGGCGGCCGCGGCGCCGUGGGGAGCAGAAUUCUGCACGUCAGGAACGCCCCUUCCCCCGCCGCCACCUCCUCCCUCGCCAUCGCCUCCAUGAUCGCCGACGAGGUGGAGCGGCGCUUCGGGCUCUGAGCAACGAGUUCUGCCCUUCUGGAAUGUGAGAUUCCUCCUGAAGAACCACCAGGGAAUGGCUGGGCAGUGCCAGAGAACCCUUGGGAAUGUUCUCUGCCCGCAGCUCCUCGGUGCGGGUGAAGCCRUUGGUGUGGCCACCUGCAAAUAGUCAAAAAAUAAAUCAAUGCAAGAGCCAAGGAACUUCACUUUAAAAGAGRAGGAAAARGUACCAGACUGWUUCCUUCAUUAUAUUAAUAUUCCAUAAAUACUGUAUUUGAUUCAGUGCCAUUUUCUGCAACUUUUGAACGUCUUUGGCCACCUGAGCAGGACCAGCCCAUGGGAAGAUCACCAGAGAUGGGAGAGCCCCUGUGGUGGGAUUAUCCACAAGGAUUCCUCAUUCCUKUUGGGAUGGCUCUGAGUGUGCUUUCUCCCUGAUUCCGUUUAAAUUGGAGUCUGCAGUCCUCUAGAUUACAUGGAAGUAAUGGAAUAGAAGGAUAAGCCCUGCUUAAGGGCCCUGCUGAUAUGGAAUUAAAGGCUUURUCAGAGAUUGAGAACAAUAUUCAGAGCCUUCGACGUGAAUGCGGAGYGUUUCGCAGAAAAAUGAGCUUAAAGAGGAUUACCAAACCCAAGUCAAUUUAGAUCUGCAGUUCAGAUACCUGACCACUGUGCUUUUUAUAGAGCUGAAAUGAAAAUAUGGACAUCAACAACCACUUUUCAUUUAAUUUACAGAAAUCAGCUUCAGUGGGUUUGGGCUUUUCCUACCUCUGACUAUUGGUGAUGCAGAACGAGCUGAUCUUUGUCCAGCAGCUUGAGCAAUCCAGGGAAAAUGGGCUUUGUGACAGCAAAUGUGGAGGGAGGGAAGCUCCAGAAACCUGCCUGAACUGAGUCAUGUUUUACAUUGCUUCCCUUGCAGCCCCAACAGGGGUGAGGCAGGAAAGCUUCCCAUUCCCAGAGCUGGCACCAGGGGAGCUCAGAUGGUGCUGGUGACUCCUCUGAACUCCAGUGAUCCCUAAUUUUUAUCAGAGAUCCACCUGGAGGAGUCUGUGUGGAGAGGGAUGCUGGGCGUGUUCUGCAGAAUGGCUGUAAAAUGGAAUUUUGUGGCCUGAGGGACAGAGUAUUGAGGGUUUUAUAGCAGGUGCUCACAGGAUGUUGGGUAACACAUUGUGGGAAGGUCAUGUCAGGAUAUUGGACACACAUUUUUCCUUAAAAAGUUCUUUCCUGAGCUCUGAUGGGMGUGGGUGAGCACGGGAGGGCAGCUGUGUGGCUGAUUUUUACUGUACAGAUUUGAGACAUUUUUGAGGAGAAAAAAGGCCUUAAUCAGCCUUUUUUUAAUUUUUUUUUUUGUCCUGGUGACAUCUACUCUACCAGACAAACAACUGCUGAAAAUUCAAAUAACAACCCUUUCAGAGCAAAGCUUUGGUCACUUCAGGCAGGGAUUUAGCUGCUCCAAGUCUUCCAGUGCCACAGGGCUGAGUAAAACUUCCCACAGUGGAACAAUCCURUCUUCCCUCCCUGCCAGAAGUGUUGCCUAUCAACAGUAAAUUUUACAAAAGGAUUGCAAAAGCAACUUCCUCCCACACGGGGUGUGGCCCUGACAUGUAUUAACAGAAUGGAGAACAUUAAAAUGCAAAGCAGAGACCARGGGGAAUCCUAAGUCAGCAUUUCCCUGCGGUGCUUUUUCCUCUCAGGUGAUGAUUGUUUGGGGGUAAAGUUUAUUUGAAACUUAAGUUAUGAAUCUUGAGGUAGCAUUCUGUGAAAUGUUAAUAUUUUCAGAGAGAAAAGUCUUAAAGUUUUGUUAUAAAAAUAACUUUGGAGAUUAUGCUGUCGGAGUUUCAGGCAUCAAUCUUGUUGCUCACAGAGUGUGAAAAUGUGUUAAUUUAUUUUUCAAACAAGUUUAACUCACUUGGAUGACUUCAUAAAUGUGCCUUUUUCURUUCUGAUUAAAAUAGUGGGAUGGGAUUUUUUUUUUAAAUACUGUAAAGUCUGUGUGUUUCUCCUGACUCAGAGAAAAGUUUCACUGGAAUCUGCAAAUUCUCAGCUGAGUUAGGCAGGAAAUAGCUCUGUAUUACAGGAAUUACUUUAGGAGGGGGACACAUGACCAAACUUGUCUUCCUAAAUUGUCUUAUCUGUGCUUCUCACACCUCACAGCUUCUCCUCACUCAUCCUGAGGCUGAUCUGGGCCUGUUGUGACAGGUGGGAUGAGAAUUCCUGAAACUCUGAAUAAAUGUUUGGACAAAAGUUAUAGAAUCAUAG